GUUAUCGCGCAUGCUUGUAUUCACUGUUUGCAGUGUCGAUGUUUAAUUUUCAUUGCUGUGAGCAACAUUCUUAUGCCAACAUUGUAAACGUUGUGCUCAUGAAUGAUAAAGAAAUUUGUUAUAAAUUCACCAAUGAUACUCUAGUUGAAGAUAUUUUCCAUGACGUAUGUUCUUCUAUGCAGCUGCAUGAGCGCGAUAUUUUUGGUCUUGCAAUGCACAAUAGCGGUGUGCAAUGUCUAGUUAAGAGCUUAUAAUUAUUUUUAGAUGAAGGGUGGCUGUUUAUAGAACCAAGCGAGUUUAUGUACAGGAUAAUAUUUAAAUACUUCAUGCCAACAGGCCAAAUGUGUUCCUCUUCAACGAAUAAGUCAACAUAUCAUUCUCCAUUACAAUCAUCGCCAUAUCCAACUGUAUAUUUUCGCGUCAGAUUUUAUAUUCCGAUUCAUUGUUUAAAUGAACGCGCAACGCAACAUAUUUAUUAUAUGCAACUAAGAAAAAAUUAUAUUUUUUAUGGAUUAUUCUGUGAUCCGAAUGUAUACUUACAGUUAGCAGCGUUUGCAUUACAGGCUGAAUUAGGUGACGCACCAAAAUGUUUUAACCCGGAGUCUGACACAUCCUACUUUUUACCAGAAGUUUAUUAUCCUAACAAAUUUAUUAAAUCGUGGAAUAGUGUUGAACUAGUAUAUCACACUUAUAUACAUCAUUCUGCGCUUCGUAAUACCGUAGCCUACCUGGCUAAAUUUCAUUUUAUUCAUUUGGCAACGAAAGUGAAUUCAGAUUUCAAUUUACAUUUAUAUCCACUUGAGAAACCUGCUCAAAAAUGCCGCUUUUCUGUAUGGGUUGGUAUUAGUCCGAAGGGAUUUACAUUAUAUCAGCAAUUUCCCGAUAAUUGGAUUGUUCCAACUAAUCGUAUUAAAUGGAAUGAAAUUAAACGAAUCUAUUAUGAUCAUCGCACUGUGACUGUUCAUUUACGUUCUAAGGCUCGAAGACGUGAAUUCAAAAUGCAACGAACUUUAUCAGCAAGACAUUUGUUUGCAUUGAUUACCAAUAUGCAUUUCUAUCAGUCAAUAGCCGAAAUGUCAGCAACUCGUUCAAAUGAUUUAUUAGAAAAAAUUGAACUUGGAGAUUUUAGAGAAUUAUCAAUUUAACACUAUUUUUAUGCAAUGAAUAAAGAGUUAGCACGUAACUAGUCAAGACGUGUAUCAAUCGGUGAUAUCGAUCAUGCGUCGUUAUUUUAUAUCAAUGCAAAGAAAUUAUGUAUUCGACCAUCAUUCUCAUGAGUAUGAUGUUACUGCUUAGAUGUAAUGUAAAAGGCUACAAUUUUGUAUGCUAUUUUGUGCAGAGGUUUUUGUAUC